GAACAAGGAUUUUCUAUGGAAAUAUGUUUGUUUACGUGUAUUUGAUACGAAAAAUAUAAAAUUUUCUCGGUAUAGAUAUGGAAAAUGUUCAUUUUACCACCGGCAAACGCUCCUUUUUGGGAGGGGCUUAGUUUUUGUUGUUAGUGCUAUAAAUUCAAGCAAUAUGGGUCUACAACAAGAGAGUUUAUUGAAAAAGUAUAUAACAAUUUUCGCUAUUGUAAGCUCUUAUUGGACGGUAUCCAUUUUCACCGUAUUCGUGAAUAAAGGUCUUCUUAGUGGAAUUGAAUUGGAUGCUCCUAUGUUCAUAGCUUGUUAUCAAACACUUGUAACUGCCCUAAUAUGUUAUAUUAAACAACUUCUCAACAAAAGGUGGCCAACAAAAGUUUCUUUCCCUGAUACAGAUGUGUGGAAUAUACAAACUAUCUCUUCUGUUCUGCCUGUUUCAUUUAUGUUCACAAUGAUGAUAGCCACCAAUAAUUUAUGCCUUCAAAAUGUUUCUCUUGCUUUCUACUAUGUUGGUAGAUCACUCACAACGAUGUUCAAUGUUGUAUUUACCUUUUUGAUAUUGAAUGAAAAAACUUCAACAAGGUGUUUAGUCUGCUGUGCUUUCAUUAUAUUUGGUUUUUAUUUAGGAGUCGAUCAAGAACAAUUGGCAGGGAGUUUUUCUGUGAGUGGAACGAUUUUUGGAGUUCUAGCUUCUCUGUCUUUAUCAUUAUUUUCCAUAUUGACCAAAAAAGUGUUACCAAAGCUGAAUAGUGAUGUUUGGGUUCUAUCAUAUUAUAAUAAUAUAUAUGCUACAAUUCUCUUCAUACCACUGAUUGUAUUUAAUGGAGAAUUGGGCACUAUUCUUAAUUUCGAGGGACUUUGGGAUAUCAGUUUCUGGUUUCCGAUGACAAUUGGUGGCCUAUGUGGAUUUUCUGUAGGAUUUUUAACUUCAUUACAAAUUAAGUAUACUUCAGCUUUAACCCAUAAUAUUUCUGGAACUGCAAAAGCUUGUGCACAGACAGUUUUAGCCACAUAUUGGUACAAAGAAACCAAAACUUUUUUGUGGUGGACCUCAAAUAUAAUAGUUUUAUUGGCAAGCGCAGCAUAUGCUAGAAUAAAACAACUGGAUAUGGAAGCAAAACAAGCAUUGCCUUCUUAUCAAAAAGUCUGAAUGUGUGUUACCUUUUUCGAAUUUCCAUUGUGAUAUAGAUGAAUUCCUAAAAUGACAAUGUAGUAGUGAUGAAGACAAAGUUUUUUAUUUAAAUAAGCAGAAAGUAUAUAAGUGAGUUCAAAUUUCCUAGCUUUCUGGUUGUAGAAACCUCAGCUUUGUAAAUAAAGACGAAAUUACACCUGUAAUUUUUUAAUAAUUA